UCAGGCGGUUCGCAGAGGACUCCCCCUUCGCUAUUCUCUCUCUCUCAAAAUGACUCUGGUUUGAAGUGAACUCCAGCCGGAAGAUUCUUCAAGCGAGGGAUUAAUGGUAGAUGUUAUGAAACAGUAUCGAAUUCCGAUGCUAUCGGUUUCAUGUGUGAAUAGCUAAAGUUGAAUGAUGAUCUGGUGGCGGAUAUAGACGAAUACGUGGAAAGUAACAUAGGAUAAAGAUUUGGAAAACGGCAGCUCUUGGUGAAAGGAUCUUGAAUACUCUUAGCUUCUGUGGAGAUAAAAGCAGUCCUGUUCAAGUAGACGCUUUGUAAAAUGCAAGCUUCUCAGCUUUAUAGAGGUCAACAUAUGUCGAAAAGACUGUGUUAUCAGCCACUUCAAGGAGUGGAUGCCUACUGUGUCUCCCAAUUUCAAACUUUAGGUCGCCAAUUAUAUACCAAUGCUGGCAACGAAAGAGCUCAGUUCAAUCUUCAAGACAUCAGUGAUCGGUACUGCACUUUGGAGUCGUCCUCAGGAAGCCACGGCUAUGCAAAUCACAACUCGACGUCGACGACCAUCACUUUCUCAUCCAAUGGGAGUCCUUCUGAUCAGCAUAAUUCCCCUGACAAUACGUAUGGCUCACCAGUAAGCGGAUCCUGCAUAACAGAUGAUAUUAGUGAUUUUAGGCACAAACUGCUGGAAUUGGAAACUGUGAUGCUUGGCCCUGAUUCUGAUAUUGUUGAUAGUUUUGAUAGUUUCUACCAGGAAGGAACUGAAAAUUCAGAAGUGGGAAGUUGGGGACAAGUGAUGGAUGCAAUCACUAAAGGGAACUUAAAAAAGAUCCUAAUAGCUUGUGCUAAGGCCGUGUCCGAUAAUGAUGCCUUAAUGGCACAAUGGCUUAUGGAUGAACUGCGCAAGAUGGUGUCGGUUCGGGGUGAACCGAUGCAGAGAUUGGGAGCUUAUAUGUUGGAGGGGCUGGUUGCACGGUCAACCUUCUCAGGCAGUAGCAUCUAUAAAUCUUUGAGAUGCAAGGAACCAGCAAGCAUGGAGCUCCUCUCUUAUAUGCAUGUUUUGUACGAUGUUUGCCCGUAUUUCAAAUUUGGAUACAUGUCUGCAAAUGGUGCCAUUGCAGAAGCCAUGAAAGAUGAAGAUAGAGUACACAUCAUUGAUUUCCAAAUCUCUCAGGGUACUCAAUGGAUCACUUUGAUUCAAGCUUUUGCAGGCAGGCCUGGUGGACCGCCUCACAUUCGUAUAACCGGCAUAGAUGAUCCUGCAUCAGCUCACGCUCGGGGAGGCGGCCUAGAUAUCGUAGGGAUGAGGCUUUCUAAGUUAGCAAAGUUAUUUAAUGUCCCAUUUGAGUUUCACUCGGCUGCCAUCUCUGGCUGCGACGUUCAGCAGAAAGACUUGGGAAUUCGACGAGGGGAGGCUUUAGCAGUGAACUUUGCAUUCAUGCUACACCAUAUGCCAGAUGAGAGCGUAAGCACCGAAAACCAUCGAGAUCGGCUAUUGAGGCUGGUUAAGGGUCUGUCUCCAAAGGUAGUGACGCUUGUUGAACAAGAAUCCAACACGAACACCGCUGCAUUCUUUCCCCGGUUCAUCGAAACGCUGGAUUACUACAACGCCAUGUUUGAAUCAAUCGACGUUACUCUUCCAAGGCAGCACAAGGAGCGAAUCAACAUCGAGCAGCAUUGUCUAGCCAGGGAAGUUGUCAACAUACUAGCAUGUGAAGGGGCAGAGAGAGUAGAACGACACGAGCUACUCGGAAAGUGGCGACUGCGAUUCUCAAUGGCAGGAUUCACUCCCUACCCAUUAAGCUCUUUGGUGAAUGCUACCAUAAAAACGUUAUUAGAUAACUAUUCUAACAGGUAUAGGCUUGAAGAGAAAGAAGGGGCUCUAUAUCUAGGCUGGAUGGAUAGGGAUUUGGUUGCUUCUUGUGCAUGGAAGUGAAAAUGUAGCCAUGGUUUACAGGAACUAGCCAUUAGAAACCAAGGGGGGCGCAUGUUUUUUUGAGUUCCAUUAGAUGCUGAGACAAAACGUACACUUGUCUUUAACAAAAUGUAUUGCCAAGAACUUUCCUUGUCUGGUGAUGGUAAAUGUUUUCUAUAUGUAUGCUAUGUUGGGAUGAGUUAACUUUCA